ACUUAUUGUUUCAUUUUAUUUUUUUCAACAAUUUUCCUGCCAAUCGAUUAAAAUAAACCGUUGAACAACUUCUGCCGCAAAUUAUCACCAUCAGCAGAUCAUAGCUAAAUCAUUUCAGCUCAGAGAUGACUCAGAUGUGAUAUUUAUGGCAUACAUGGCAUAAUACUGUGAAGGAUCUUUGAUCUGAAAUGAAUCUCGAUUGAAACCUAACCAGAUUCAGCCUGAUUUGCACAUCAAUUUGGUACACAUUUAGUAUAUGCCUGAUCAAAAUAUCACAACACAUUUUAGUGUCCAUGCAGGUCAUGUUGUACGAAUAGAGCCAUUCUAGUGAUGAUUUCACUGAUCUAGUCAAGUUGUCUUGCUUUAUAUAUAGUCCUUUUUCUGUUGAACCCAUUUUAUAGGUAAUAGAUAAUUGCCAUCCAAGUAUACACAAGAAUGAAUCCGGAGCAACAGCUGCAUUUGGCAGUGAAGGAAAAAGAUGUUAAGAAGAUUGAACAGUUGUUAAACAAUGGUGUGGACAUCAAUUGCUUGUUUUAUGGGUGGACUCCUUUACAAUAUGCAGUUAGUCUAGGGUUAGAAGAGGUUGCUUUGUUGUUAAUAGACAAAGGAUCAGACAUACACAAAAAACAUCAUAAAGCUGAUGGCUGUCCUCUAGAAGGUGCUAUAAAAAAGAGAUUACCAAAGGUUUUGAAGGUACUGCUUGAUAAAGGCAUAGAUCCCAACACAAUUCUCAGUGACGGUAAUCCAGCAAUAUUUACAGCAGUAGAUAAAGAUUAUACUGAUAUUCUGAAAAUACUUAUUGAUGGUAAAGCAGAUCCCAACUUACUGAACAAAGCGGGAGAAUCAGCCUUGUUCAUUUCAAGUAGAGAUGGAAAAUCAAAGCUUGUGCAGGUUUUAAUAGAAGGCGGGGCCGACAUGGACUUUAAAUGUGCAGAAGCCGGAAACCAGACAUCAUUAAUCAUAGCUACAGCAAAUGAACAGAAUAGUGUUGUGAAACUUCUGUUAAAGAAUCGGUGCAAUAUAAACCUACAAGACAACGAUGAAUGGACAGCUCUCUGGCACGCAUACAGCAAUAAUGAUGAAGACAUGAUGAACUUGUUGUUAAAAUCGGGAGCAAAUAAAGAAAUUCCUGACAGUGAUGGACGCACUUUACUGCAAGAUGCUCAAGAAAAUGAUGACGAUAGUGUCGUUGAAUUAUUACAGAGGUUUACCCGAUCAUGGACUAAUUAACCCUUGCUUAGAUAUUCAAUAGAGAUUAGCUUUAAUUUGUCAGAACCAAAGGAUCUUAAAUGUAAAGAUCUUUCAUUGGCUACAAGAGAAUUUUAAAGGUCUUUCAUCAAAUACAAGAGAAUUGUAAAAAUCUUUCAUUGGCUAAAAGAGAAUUGUAAAGAUCUUUCAUCGACACUAGAUAAUUGUAAAGAUCUUUCAUUGGCACUAGAUAAUUGUUAAGAUCUUUCAUUGGCUAAAAAUAAUUUUUGAGAUCCUUCAUUGGCUGAUAAAUAAAUUUUAGGAUCUUUCAUUGCUACGAGAGAAUUGUGAAGAUCUUUCAUUGGCUAAAAGAGAAUUGCAAUGAUCUUUAAUUGGCUAAAAGAUAACUGUAAAGAUUUUUCAUUGGCUAAUAGGGAAUUGUAAAGAUCUUUCAUUAGCUGAAAAGAUUAUUGUAGAGAUUAUUUAUGGUUAAAAGAUGUUGUAAAGAUAUUUCAUUGGUUAAAAGAUUAUUGUAAAGAGUUUCCAUUGGCUAGAAGAUUAUUGUAGAGAUCUUUCAUUGGUUUGAAGUCUUUCAUUGGCUGGAAGAGAUCUGCUCAAAACAUACAAAAUGAUGCAGAUGGUAUGUGAAUAUGGUUAUGAAGUCCUUAAAUUUUUAAAUUUUCUUUUUUGAAGCAGUAAAAAUUAUUUGAUCACAUGUCUAUUAAUGAAUUUAAUGUAACUGUGAAUUUAUACGAAGGUUUUACUAGCAUUUUCACUCCUGGUGACUUUAGAAUGAUACUGUGAGCCUGAAAAGUUUUUCUUGUUGUCAAAUUAUGACAUUUAAGUACUGUAUUAUACUUCAAAACACAAAGAAAACAUGUAUAUUUACUACAGUAGGAUUCAAUAGACAUGUACUGCAAUGCACUUUACAAAGUUUUCAUAUAAAACAGCUUAUGAUAAAUCAGUCACAUGUUAUAUAUAAACUUGUAUUGGCAUAUAAUAUCUACUCAUACAUUCACAAUUUUUGUGCCCCCAAAGGGAGGAUAUAGCUAGUACACUGUCUCUUUGUACCUCUAAGUUCAUUAAUCCGUCCAAAAAUGCUGUCUGUAUGCACCUGUAAGCUCAUUAAUCCAUCCAAAAAAGCUAUAUGUGUCUCAGUUAUGUUUUAAAUGAUUCAGUGGAAACCAGUGAAACUUCACAAAACUGUUACGCAUGAUAAGAAGGUGUUUUAUGCACAAGAGUCAGGUUUGUACCUCCUCAAGGUAAACAGAUAAGGACCCUAUUUACAACUUGACAGCAAAAAUGACUGUUCAUUAUACAGUAGACUCAGCAUGAAAAUGACUGAAAUGAAAGUCUUAUACCUGUUCAUUCAGGGAUGCAGCAUUUGAAAAAUACUUAUAUAACAGUCAAAGCUGUCUUUGCAACCACCCGUAUUAAGUAGUCGCCUGCCUUUAAGCAGCCAGUGAGCUAACUUCCCAAAUUGACUUUUUGUUUCUAAAUUCAGAUUGUUUUAACCUUACGCCUGCUGGCGGCAAGUGAUUUUGCCUUUGCGACCAGUGCAGACCAAGAUCAUGGUCUGCACUGUUCGCUAUUCAGUCAGUAAAUUUUCAGUGAACACCCCUAUGAAACAUAAGUGGUACUGCCCAAAUUAAAUGAUGGACCAUUCCAUUUUAGAAAUUUAGCAGGGUAAAGGUUAAGCAGCCAUAUUGUGCCACUUCCUUGGAUAGUUGCUUAAUACAGGUUUGACAGUAUGUAUGUACAGGGGUAUUUAAUGUUUGUUACUAAUUAUUAAAGUUACAGCAGUAAUACUAGUGCUUCAGUUUUCUAUGCUAAUAAUUUGUAAUUAUUUGCUUUUCUCAUGUCAAGUACUUGUAGGUGUAUAGAAUAAAUAAUACAAAGUACAAAAUUUUGUAGAACAGUAAAAGAAUACUGUAAAAUCUGGUAAAUAAGCGUAUACGCUUAUAAUAAUUUUAGUGACACUUUUAUGCACCUAUUUUUGAUAUGCGCUUAUACUUAAGCCUAAACUAUGCACUUAUAUUUGAUAUGCGCUUAUAGACAAGCCGCUUGCGCCUAUUUUUGAUAUAUUUGGAAAAUUGACAGUGCUUACCUCGGUUGAGAAACCGAAAGCAAAACAUGAACAUGUGCAGUAAAAUAGUUCCUUUUAUUGCAUACAGUUUAAUUUACGUAAUGAAAGCAUUAUGAUCAUACAUCAUUUGUAAAUAAUGUUCAGUCUCUCAGGCCAUUCAAUCACUGUUCAACACUUAGAUUGUAUCAUUUUAUCCAUAUUGUUUUCACAGAUUUACAAAAGAAUGACAAACUGUAAUGACAAUGCAAACAACUUUUUUGGUAUUCAAACUUCUAUUUUUCUAUUCAACAUGCAUGAUAAGCGUAAACGAUUAACAUUUAAUCUGACAAUAGAUGUUAAUAUCUUUUAACACCCAUUGGCUAUUCAACAGAUAAGACCACUUGUCACCUUUAUUCGUGAUAAACAGUUACACCGUUAAUUACGUCUUUUUGCUGUAUCUGAUGUUUGUUUACCAGUAAUCGGAUAUGCGCCUUCUUUCGAGACAAAAUUAUGGUAAGAGCUUGACAUGCGCUUAUUAUCCCAUACGGAAUAACAGUAAGGCCGUAUGCACUUACUUUUUAUAUGCGCUUAUAUUCGAAUAUGCGCUUAUUUUCCAGAUUCUACGGUAUAUUUACGUGUAGUGGCAAACAUGAUCAUUUUUGUCAUUAAAAUUUGAGUUGGUGUGAUGAUAUCAUCUAGAUUGAUGUACAUUUUUUAUGUAUUGAAACAAAUGUUUAUUGGUAUAGGCUAAUACGAUAUAUUUGUAAUGUAAUAUAAGUAGGAUUGUUGAUUUUAAACUUUAUUCUACUGGUUUACAUGAGGUCAUAUUAACAAUGCAUUGUUUUGUUUAGUUUAAGCUUAUGUCAGAUUUUAUUAACAAGGCAGUGUUUCCAGUAGUUUAAGCCUUAUUCUACUUGUUUACAUCUUACUGUAUUAGCAGUGCAUUGUUUCCUGUAGUUUAAACCUUAUUCUACUUGUUUACAUCUUACUGUAUUAGCAGUGCAUUGCUUCCUGUAGUUUGAACCUUAUAUUCUACUUGUUUACAUCUUACUGUAUUAGCAAUGCAUUGCUUCCUGUAGUUUGAACCUUAUUCUACUUGUUUACAUCUUACUGUAUUAGCAGUGCAUUGCUUCCUGUAGUUUGAACCUUAUUCUACUUGUUUACAUCUUACUGUAUUAGCAGUGCAUUGCUUCCUGUAGUUUGAACCUUAUAUUCUACUUGUUUACAUCUUACUAUUAGCAAUGCAUUGUUUCCCAUAGUUUUAGCCUUAUUCUACUUGUUUAUACCAUGUUUUAGCAAUAGAAAAACAGAGUUCAGUGGAAAGACAUAUUAUUGGAAGCUUGAUUCAACACAUGAGCCGUGCCAUGGGAAAACCAACAUAGUGGGUAUGCGACCAGCAUGGAUCCAGACCAGCCUGCGCAUCCGCACAGUCUGGUCAGGAUCCAUGCUGUUCGCUAAUAGUUUCUCCAAUUCCAAUAGGCUUUAAAAGUGAACAGCAUGGAGCCUGACCAGACUGCGCGGAUGCGCAGGCUGGUCUGGAUCCAUGCUGGUCGCAUACCCACUAUGUUCGUUUUCUCGUGGCACGGCUCACAUAAUUUAUUUUAUUCUCAUCUUCAUCACAGUUUAACUUAUAGUGCAAUAUUGGCAUUUUUUGAACAUAUGAUCAGAUAUGAAAUACCGUACUGAAACUGCUGUUUUUGGUUUGUUCCUACUGUCAUGUUUUGAGCUUAUAGAGAAUUUCAAAUUUCAUACUUGUACGGGUUAAAGUUGAAGGUGUCAAAGUUCAGAAAAUUGAAACUCUAACAGGAUUUUGAUGUAAACAUUUAUAACAUAUGUGUAUAGUGUAUAUGUUUAAUUUUACAUAUGUUAUUUCCUACAAAUACUUAGACACAUAAUUGUAUUUGAAUAUUUUUAUAAGAUGUGAUGGUGACCUGGUUGGAGAGAGGUUUUAGUCUUCACUGUUUGGAGAUUAAGAUGAUCUGUAUAUGUUCCUAUAGCAGCUUGAGUCAUUCAAAUCUUUUGAAGUUGAGAUAACAUUUUCAUAUGACAGUGUCUUCUUUGGAUCACAUCCACAGCUCUUGCCAUCCAACAAGGGAUUUAAAAUACUCCUUGGUACAAAUAUUGUCCAUAAAUUCACAUAUAUUUUUUUAGCAGUCAGUUUGAAAAAAAAAUAGAAACGACAGAGAUUUAUGAAUUUCUAUUUUUGAAUAGUUUUGAAAUCAGAAUUCAGUCAAACUUAAAACUACGAAUGCUCUAUGUUUUGAUAGAUACUGUUAGCUUAUGGAAUAUAUUUCAGUAAAUUAAUGCCCCGAGAAUGAUUUUAUUUUUAUACACUUGAAGGGACAUAUUAUGUGAUGGUACUUGUUGUAUGUUUGUCUGUCUGUCUCUUAGCGGUUUAUAUAACUUAUGGAUGCUUUGGCUUAUAUAACACAUACUUGAUAGGCACAUUGUUCAUGAACCCAAUUGCCUUUAUGGUCAAAGGUCACAGUGACUGUUAGUAAUAAAAGCAUUCCUGUGCUAUAUGUUGAGAAUGCCUUGACUUAAUUAUGACCCACAGAUUUGGCAGUGAAUGGCCUCUGUUGAUCUUGAGGUCUCCAGGUCAAAGAUAAAGAUUAUGAAUACUAUACAAAAGCCUUCUUUUUUGUUGAGGUUUCUUAGAGGUCGCAGCUACUGUCAAGCUUAUAGGCAGUCAUUCACUCCAUAUUUGCAGAAUCUCUCAUUGGUUUUAUUCAACACUGACAGCUUCAGAGCUGUCUUUAGGCAUAUUCUGCUUGUGUUUUAUCAUUCAAUUUGUAUAAUGUAUAACUUUAUCAACAUUAAUAUUUUUAAUUAUCCAUUAUCAUUUAUAAGGUGGAUGGUUCAGUUAUUAACUUAAAACUUUUGUAUUUAAAGGGUUGUAUGUAUAUGUGUUCAGAAUAACAAUAUCAGAUGUUUUUUUUAAGGUUUAAUGGAGAAUUUAUAUUUAUUUCAUACCUGUACAUUAUCAUACCAGAUAAGAAUUUAAUAAAGAAAUGGAAUACACUGUGUCAGAAAAUACAAUAUAAACCAAUAUGUUGUGUCCCAUAACAUACAUCUCGAAGUUUCCUGUUGAUUAAACUACAGGCCUCACUAUUUUCAGUCUUCCAGUAUCUUGGGUUUAAUACUUUUAAAGAAAUACUUAUAGGCAUAUUAUUAAAAGGAAUAUUAUGUAAGUCACUUUUCUACGGACAUGUUUAACUUCUUGUUGCGUUUAUCAACUUACACAAACUUGCAUUCAUGAUAUCAACAUUCAGUCUUGUUUGCAUAUUCUAAAGUCAGUCUUGCAAGAGUUUUAUGACAAUUCAGUCUGGUUUGCAUGACAUCAAAAGGCAGGCUCGUAUGCUUUAUACCAGCAUUCAGUUCCACAGACUCACAACUUUACAUGACAUUCUUUCACAGACUCACAACUUUACAUGACAUUCUUUUACAUACUCACAACUUUACAUGACAUUCCUUCACAGACUCACAACUUUACAUGACAUUCUUUUAAAGACUCACAACUUUACAUGACAUUCUUUCACAGACUCACAACUUUACAUGACAUUCUUUCACACACUCACAACUUUACAUGACAUUCUCUCACAGACUCACAACUUUACAUGAUAUUCUCUCACAGACUCACAACUUUACAUGACAUUCUCUCACAGUUUCAUAUGACUGAGGUCAGCAUUCAGUCUCACAUGCUUGAUAUCAGCAUUUAGUCUCACUUCCAUGAUAUCAACAAUCAUUUCACACAAACAAUAUUAACAUUCAAUCUCGUGCAUGACAUCAUCAUUCAGUCUCUCAUAUAUGAUAUCAACAUUCAAUCUUACACACAUGAUGUCAUCAUUCAGUCUCAUAAUUAUGAUAUCAACAUUCCAUCUCGCAAGCAUGAUACUAACAUUCAUUCUCUCAUACAUGAUGUCAGCAUUCCAUCUCGUGUUCAGUCUUUCAUACAUGAUAUCAACAUUCAGUGUCACAUGCAUUAUAUCAACAUUCAGUCCCACAUUCAUGAUUUAAACCUUCAGUCCCUGAUGAUAUCAACAGUCAGUCUCAGUUUCGAGAUAUCAGCAGUCAGUCUUGUGCAUCGUAUAAUUUUGGCAUAAGCAACUUGAAAACUUUGAAUGUUACAAAGCACAGAAAAAGUGAGAUAUAAUAUUCCAUAUGUUAAAUUGUUAAAACGAUUUUGGUAUAUGUUACUGAUGUCAUUGAAAACGGUUUGAUAAGAUGUGUAAGCAUUUUGAAUAAUUAUUUUAACAGUGUUUAGUACCCUGAGUUACUAAUUAUUAGACUAUUAAAUAAAUGUUUGUUACAACCCUUGUU